CUUUCAACCUUAGUGCAUAUUGAUAAAUUGGUAUUUAUAGCCAGCAUAUUUAAGCGUUAAUAGGUUGUUUCUUUUAAAGUUUGUUCAUAUCAAAAACCAUGUGUGUCUUUAUGCACUACAUUCAGGUGUGAAUAACACUAAUUAUUUUCAUAAAAGUAAUCAAAAGAAUAUUAAAUACAAACCUUUUAAAUCAGAGGACAGUUUGCAAUAUCUAUUGCAAAAUGGCAACUUUCGGAGGUUCAGUGCUCAACAGUUCAGACAUAGUUAAUGACUACGUUUGUGGUGCUUGCGAAAGUAAAAAUAUUGAUGAAAGUGCUGAUUAUUUUUGUGGAACAUGUACGAAGUUUUUCUGCGGAAAAUGCAUUCGUCAUCAUGAUCAAUUAUACGCAAAUCAUUCCAAAUAUGGAAGAGGAGAACCAAAGAAAUGGCCUCUUGCGAAGAAAACUGAGGAUUUGCUUUUGAAAUGUGAUGUCCACAACAAUAAGAAAAUAAAAAUGUUUUGUCAGGACCACAGUCAGCUGUGCUGCUCUGAUUGCGUUUUGUUGAACCACAGACAGUGUGCCAAUGUGGCUUUAAUUUCUGAGUCAGUGAAAAAGCUGUCACUUGAUAUGCAACAGUUAUCAAACAACCUGCAAACUAUUCUUAAUGACCUAUGCAAGUUUAAGAGUACACAAGAGGCCAGCAUUCAGACUGUGGAGGUAUCAUAUAGUGAUAAAUUGCAAGACAUCAGAGACAUGCGUCAGAAACUUAAUGCUGCUUUGGAUAAACUAGAAAAUGCAACAUUGAAAGAUCUCGGUGAAUAUAGGGCAGCAUUGCAAACCUCUCUAAAGAAAGAUAUUUACAACUGCAGCAGACUGAAGGAUGAACUGCAACAACUCAGUGAAGCUGUACAGGACCUUGUUGAAAUGAGCAAACAUGAUCUUGAGUUCAUAGCCAGCAGAAAAUGUCUUCAUAAAAUACAGGAGUCUGAGACAUUUCUGAAGGAGAACCCCAUGAAGGCUCAGAAGACAAUGAUAUUCCAGGCAGAUAUUGACCUCGAGAAGUAUCUGUAUACAAAGUCAAGUCUAGGGUUGAUUGUAGACAGUAUGCAGUCUCCAACAUUAAAUUUGAAUCCAGACCAGGUGAUGACUGUGAAGAGGAGGUCUGAGUAUAAGGUGAGCAUAUCAAGUGACAAAAGUCAGUCUUACUGCAUUGAAGGCAUUUGCAGCCUGCCUAAUGACCAGGUCAUUGUUUUAGAUAGUAAUAAUAAAAGAGUGAAGCUGUUGAACCAGCACUAUGCUGUGACCAGCCACUGUGAUGUUUCUGGUACCCUAGAAGAUAUUUGCCAGAUCACAUCAAGUGAGGUGGCUGUGACUGUUCAGAGUGGUGUUGUGCAGUUUAUCUCUGUGAUAAAUGGGCAGCUGGUGAAUGGAAGGAAGUUUCAGUUACAGCAUAGCGCUACUGGAAUUGCCCACCAUCAGGGAGCAUUGUAUAUCACAUCUCGCAAUGCUCUGUACCACUACAACAUGACCGGGAAACUUGUGAAAAAGCUGUAUGAGGAUACAGGUGGCAUUACUGCAGUGGGGAAGUGUGCAGUGAGUCCUGCUGGUGACAGGAUCUAUGUCACCAACUAUGACCAGCACAAGCUCCUCACACUGACCACAGAUGGCAACCUGAUAUCCUCCUUCGCUGACCCUGAGCUGAAAGAACCAUAUGGUGUACACAUCACACCUGCAGGACAGGUCCUUGUCUGCGGAUACACCUCCGGUACUGUCAUACAGGUGGAUCAUGAUGGGAAAAAGAAUCUGGCAACUCUGCUUUCACAGAAAGAUGGACUUCCAUUGUCUGUCUGCUUCAACUCCAACAAGAACUCAAUCAUUUUGGGACUAACGAAUGGCAAAAUUAUUGCUAUGGAAUUGCACUAGGUCAUCCUGUUAAAAAACUAUUUAUAUUUACUAAGUUGUAAAUGUAAUGUUCAUGUUACCUAUGAAUUACAACACAAUAAGCAAUAACAGUUUAUACUAAUAGGCUAUGAAAACAAAUAUUCAUAAAGUUUAUCUUUUGUUAUUGACUAUUACGGUAAUUUUUAUUAUUUUCAAUGCUUUAACAAAUUUUCCAUUAAAAACAAGCAUGCUAGAAAAAGAUCGUGAUGUUCUAAAAUCUGGAUUCAUGUUAAAUGGUGUUUGUCACCAACCCAAUAAAAUAUAUGAAUGCCUAUCAUUUUAUACACAUAUAUUGAGAUUUAUUACUGUUUGAUUUAAGUCUGCUCUCUUCUGUCCUGUUCAACCUUUUCUUGAGAAGAUAAUGCAGGGGACUCCCCAUGACCACCACAGCUCUAUCUCCAUCCAUGGAAGACCCAUCUCCAACUUGAGAUUCGCUGAUGACAUUAACCUCAUGGGUGGCACCAGCAGUAAACUUCAAGAUCUCACUAACUGACUCUAUGAAAGAGCAAGAGCAUAGAGGAUGGAGGUAAUUACAGAGAAAUUGAAGAUAAUGGUGAACAGCACCAGGCAGACAUCACCAUGAACAAAGAGAAGCUAGAAGAAGUGUCUCCUUCAAGUACUUGGUAGCAACCCUGUCAAAGGAUGGUACCAGUACCGCUGAGGUCUGAAUAAGAAUUGCCAUGGCGACCGCAGCAAUGGCGGGACUGAACAGGUUGUAGACAAGCAGUUCCAUCAGCUACCCCACAAAGUACAGGCUCUUCAAGUCCCUCGUGGUCUCCAUCCUACUCUAUGGCUGCAAGACCUUGACACUACAUGGAGACACAGAAUGCAAGAUACAGGCAUUUGAACAUUAAUGUCCCCAAAGACUGCUUCGCAUCUCCCACACACAGCACAAGACCAACUAGUACGUCUGAAACAUGACUGCAACACUUGUUGGUCCACAAGAGCCCCUACUGGCGACCGUCAAACGAGGAAAGUUUGGACACAUUACCAGGUACAACUCUCUUUGCAAGACUGUUCUCCAGGGCAUGCUACAGGGAGGUCGACCUCGAGGCUGUCAAAUAAAAGCUUGGUGGACGAUGUAAAAGAGUGGACAUCCCUGUCAUGGAUGAAUUACUCUCAGCAGCACACAACAGACCUGACUGGAGGAGGAUUUCUGUAUCAUUGUCGCUGAUUUCCCCCCAAUGGCCAAACAGGUCAAGGGAUUGUUGAUGAGGAUGAUGAGGAUGAUAAAUGCACACUUGAUGAUGAUUAAUGCACAAUUGAUGAUGAUUAAUGCACACUUAAUGAUGAUUAAUGCACACUUGAUGAUGAUUACUGUACAAUUGAUGAUGAUUAAUGCACACUUGAUUAUGAUUAAUGCACAAAUGAUGAUGAUUAAUGCACACUUGAUGAUGAUUAAUGCACAAUUGGUUAUGAUUAAUGCACACAUGAUGAUGAUUAAUGCACACUCGAGGAUGAUUAAUGCACACUUGCUUGUGUUUAAAAAUCUUUGACAUGUUUAACACAUCACUUAUGUAGAUUGCAUGCAAAUAAGUCUGAAUGAGCUGUGAAUCUUCUUUCAUAUGAUUUUCAAGCAAAUUUUAGGUUGCCUUGCCCAUGGAAUUUAAGUACAGAAAACGCAAGCCAAAUGGCUUAUUAUGUGUAAUAAUUAAAUGUUAGUUUUGGGUAUUUCUUGUUGUUAGUUGACCUGAAAUGUUGUAUUGUGGUACAGAUAGAUUAUAAAUUAUGUAAAUGUGUUUUUAUCAUAAUCUCAAACUUUCAGCUCCCUUUAAAAAAAAAGGAGAUUUACCGGGUCUUCAGGACCCAAUUUUAUAGAAAAUCACUAUUUAGCAGUGUUAUUUUAUUGAUUGCAUUACUUUUAUUGGGAAAAUAUAUAAUUGAUAUCACAAUGUAUGUGCUUUCUACGAUUUCCAAAGAAAAAAAUGCUUUUUCUGACAAAACAUUAAAAACAAAUAAGGAAACCUGUCUUUUUCUUGUUAGUGCACACUCGAUCGUGUUUUAGAAUACCUUGAACACAUUAACACAUCACUUAUGUGAUUUGCGUGCAAAUGAGUCUAAUGAGCUGUUAAUCUCGUUUUUAUAUGAUUUACAAGCAAAUCAUAGGUUGCCUUGCCUAUGGAAUCAACGUACAGAAAACACAAGGCACAUGACUUAUUAUGCGUCAUACUCAAAUGCGUGUUUGGGGUAUUUCUUGUUGACAGAAUGACCUGAAAUGUUGCAUUUGUAGUACAAAAAGAUUUAUAAUGAUUUAAAAUGAUGUUGAUGCCUUUUUUCCAUGAUCUCACAAGUUUCAGAGGUCCCUUAAAAUAAAACAACCAAUUCUUCAGGACCGAAUAUUAUAGAAAAUCACUAUUUAACUUUUUUUAUUGCUUUCAUUACUUUAAGCGGGAAAAUAAAUGAUUAAUACCAUUAUGUAUAUCCUUUUAUGAUUACAAAAGACAAACAUGAUUUUUUGGGUUAAAAAGUAGAAAAUAGGAACAGAAACCUGACUUUUGCGUCUUAGUUCUUACACAAUCAUGUUUUAAAAACCUUAAACAUGUUUGACACCUCACUUAUGUCAAUUGCAUGCAAAUAAGUCUUAAUGAGCUGUUUAAGGUUGCCUUGCCUACAGAAUCCAUUACAGAAAACGCAAUCAAGAUGGCCUAUCAUGUGUCAUACUCUAAUGCGUAUAAGGGGUAUUUUUAGUUAUCACAUUGACCUGUUAUCUUGUAUUUGUGGUACAAAUAGAAAAGUAUUUAUUUUUAAGAGUUCAUUUUAAGGUUAUAUUACGCUUAAUCAGUUUGUAUCCCACCAUGGCCUAUUCGAAAGUGGUGCCUAUUUCAUAAAGAGUCCCUUUUCUUUUCUUGUUUAAAAGCGAUUGAAGGAUCGAACCCAUGCUUUCUGUGAUAAUUGCCUGUAUGCCUAUGUUUGGUAAAUUAAAUUUGGAACUACGUUGAAA